UUUAUAUUUUAAAACUUUUUCUUGUUUUCAAUUUCUCGAAAAUAGUCUUAAAACGUCUUAAAAAUGUUUGACGACAUUGACUUGGAACAGCCUUUUAAAUUCUUACCAGUUGCAGGAGCUGCACAAAGGGACGCAAUUGCAAAGCUUUUCGCGAAGCGUUCUAUUGUCCAGGAUAUUUAUGGUACUCCUAGCCCAGUUCUUAAUUUUGUGAGUCCCAAUGCACCAAGUACAGCAGGUGUUCAGCAUUAUCAUCAAACAGUUAAUGGUUGUGCAUCAUGCGUUGCAUUCAAAUUCAAUAAUGGCGUAGUAAUGUCUGCAGAUACAUUAGUCUCAUAUGGUACUAUGUCACGAUUCACAUCAGUUGACCGUGUCUUUAAACUGGCUGAUCGAAUUAUGCUUGGUUGUAGUGGAGAGUUUUCAGAUUUCCAAUAUCUACAGCGAAACUACGCACCAUGGUUCAUGCAAAAGAUAUUUUAUAAUGAAAUUCCUUAUCCGGAGCAAUUUUUCAAGCAUAUUACUGGUUUGCUUUAUAAGGAACGUUGCAAAAUGCGUCGUCUAAAUAUUAAUGUUAUUAUUGGUGGUAUUACGCGUGCUUGUGAAGCAUUUUUAGGACGAAUAGAUACCCGUGGUACCCCGACAAGGGCAGAAGCUUGUUGUACAGGAAUGGGACAGUAUUUGGCUAUGCCUCUAAUAAAAGAGCGUUUCAUGCAAAAACACAAACCUCCAAUUAAUAGGAAAGAGGCAAUUAAAUUGAUCGAUACUUGCAUGAUGGUACUUCAUUAUCGUGAUUGUCUUGCCAUACGUAAAUACAAAAUGGCUAUUUGCACACCAAAAGGAGUGGAAAUAAUAGGGCCUAUCAAAUGCCAUGAAGACUGGUCUAUAGCAAAAGGUGUUAUUGGUUACAAUUAAAAUUUGUUGCCUUAGUAUUGAUAAUACAGAGAAAUACAAAAAAAUUAAUAGAGUUCAUAAUGUUAAGUAACUAUUAUUAUAUUAUUUCGUAUUAAAUUUUCGAUAUUAGCUAA